AUGUCGGACAAGAAAAGCGAUGACUACUAUCCGGGCCGCGACAAUGGCGAGAAGGAGCGCUUCAUCCCUGCUGCGCCCGCCUUCGCCACCCGUGAGGCUCCGGCUGCCGUCUCUGAGUCCCUGAACAAGCUCAGCCAAAGUCCCGGGCUCUCAGUCCUGGCCUACUGCUUGUCCUCUAUCAGCAUGACUGUCGUCAACAAAUAUGUUGUCUCCGGCUCCAAGUUCAACAUGCCCCUCAUGUACCUUGGCAUCCAAAAUGGUGUCGGCGUUGCUGCCAUUUUGGCCUGCAAGCAACUAGGCCUCAUUACCACUCUUGCGCCUUUUGAUACCGAAAAGGCUAAGAAAUGGAUGCCGAUCUCGUUCCUUCUCCUUGGCAUGAUCUUCACUGGCACCAAGGCCCUUCAAUUCCUUUCCGUUCCCGUCUACACCAUUUUUAAGAACCUCACCAUCAUUGUCAUUGCCUAUGGUGAGGUCCUGUGGUUUGGUGGUCAGGUUACCUCGAUGAUUUUGCUGUCCUUUGGCAUGAUGGUUGUCAGUUCCAUCAUUGCUGCCUGGUCCGAUGUUCAAUCCGCUGCCACUGCAUCUUCAGAUGCCAUGUCUACUUUGAAUGCUGGCUAUGCCUGGAUGUUCCUCAACGUCAUCUGCUCAUCUACCUUUGUGCUCGGCAUGCGCAAGGUUAUCCGCAAAAUGAACUUUAGCGAUUGGGACACCAUGUUCUACAACAACUUCCUGACCAUCCCCAUCAUUGUCGUCCUGACCUUCCUUGUUGAGGACUGGUCUACCGAGAACCUGGCCCGCAAUUUCCCUGUUGAGAGCCGCAACAACCUCCUCCUGGGCAUGGUUUACUCGGGCCUUUGCGCCAUCUUCAUCUCGUACUGCUCCGCCUGGUGCAUUCGCGUUACUUCUUCCACUACAUACUCCAUGGUCGGAGCCCUCAACAAGCUGCCCAUUGCUGUUAGUGGUCUCGUCUUCUUUGAUGCCCCCGUCACCUUUGGCAGCGUCUCUGCUAUCAUGCUUGGCUUUGUCAGUGGCAUCGUCUAUACUUGGGGCAAGGUGCAGAUGAAGGAGCAGUCCAAGAUGACUCUCCCCACCACGAACCGACAGGUCAUGAGCGCCAGCUCCAAGAGCAACAAUGACGCUGCCAACUCAUAA